AUGAAAAUUAAGGGAAGACAGAGGAUUAGUGUGAGUCUGCGCGGCUUCAGGUGUAGACUUCAGCAUCGUCGCCUGAGGGGAAAUGUCCUCAAUGGAGCUGUGACGUUUUUACCUCUGGAAGAAGAUGACACAGGGAGUGUGAAGGUCCAGACGAGCAACGUGUAUCAGAUCCGGCUCCGUCGGAGCGAAGAAGAGUGGUUCAUAUCUAUUUUAAUUUUCUGUCCAGAGAGGUGGCACUCGGACGGAAGUGUCUACCCCACGGCCGCCUGGCUGGGGGGCGAGCUGCCGGCUAAGCUGGCCCGCUGGGCCGUCGAGAGCAAGAAGAGCGGGUUUAAGAGCACCCUGUCCCUCGUUUCCAUCCUCAAGUACAGCAGGACGUACCGGAUGCUCAAGGACAAGUACAAAGACCUGGUCAAGGUGUGGCCUGAAGUCACUGAUCCUGAAAAGUUCGUGUAUGAAGAUGUGGCUAUUGCCACCUACCUGCUGAUUCUGUGGGAAGAAGAGCGAGCUGAGCAGGGCUUGACAGCCAAGCAGGCCUUUGUUGACUUAGGAUGCGGAAACGGCCUCCUGGUCCACAUCCUGAGCUCCGAGGGGCACCCCGGCAGAGGGAUCGAUGUCCGAAGACGGAAGAUCUGGGACAUGUACGGACCGCAGACGUGCUUAGAGGAAGGCGCAAUCACACCCGGUGAUAAGACCCUUUUCCCCGACGUUGAUUGGGUGAUCGGUAACCACUCCGACGAACUGACGCCGUGGAUUCCGGUCAUCGCCGCCAGGUCCUCCUAUGGCUGCCGCUUCUUCGUCCUUCCCUGCUGCUUCUUCGACUUCGCGGGGAAGUACGCCCGGAGGCAGAGCGGGAAGACCCAGUACCGCGAGUACCUGGACUUCGUGGCCGAGGUGGGGCUGGCCUGCGGCUUCUGCGUCGAGGAGGACUGCCUGCGCAUCCCCUCCACCAAAAGGGUGUGUCUCAUCGGGAGGCGCAGAACGUACCCGCCGGCGGGGGAGGCCGCCGUGGACGAGCGGAGGACCCGGUACAUCAGCAGCAGGCAGCGCUGCCCCGCCCCGCCCGGCCCCCGGGCCACCGCGGCGCGCGAGGAUCACCCCGCUGCCCGGGCUGCCGAGGGAGGGGCGGAGGCCCGGGACACCGGACUCUGGCUGUCUGGAUUCCACCCUCGAGAGAAGGCCGAGCGCGUGAGGAACUGUGCUGCCCUCCCUCGAGAUUUUGUCGACCAAGUGGUUUUGCAAGUGGCCCGUUUGCUGUUGGGCGGAGAGCAGUCGCACGCAGAGAGUCCCCCGAGCGGGAGCCCGAAGGCCUGGAACCAAGGAGGAAGCCUGUCCCUGGCGGAAGUGGCCGGCGAGCUGGGCCCGGGGACCCUGCAGAGGCUGCGGCGGGAGUGCGGCGGCCUGCAGACGCUGCUCCGGGGCAGCCACCAGGUGUUCGAAGUUCUGAACGGGCGAGUUCGCAUUCGCGACUGGAGACAGGAGCAGCAGCGGCCGGAAGCAAAGCGCAGACUGUGCUCGGAGGCUUUCAAAACGCGCGCCUGCUGGUUUUUCAGCCACCACCCCGACGGCUGCGCCCUGCCCGCGGACCGCUGCCCCUUCGCCCACGGCCCGGAGGAGCUGCGGCCGGCCCGGGCCCCCAGGAGGAAGCAGGUGCCGUGACCAGGCCUGGCACGGGGCGCAGGGCAGCAGACCGUGCUGGCCGGGGUGGCGGCCCCGGAUUUCCACCGAGUUGGCCUCGUGUGACGCGCACACACGCGCCGCCGUGCCGUCCCAGCGCU